AUGGCGGCAGUUAUAACCGCAUGCUUGGAGUUUUGCAUUAAGUUACUGAACCAGAAAAUUAAGGUCUAUAAGUACGAGAGCCCGUUAAUCUGCGCCAUGGCCGUGUUAGGUCAGGGGGAGGUAACCUGGCAGGGCCCUGAGAGUUACCCGCCCAUCAUUUCCCAGGUAUUAAAAGUGGCGCGCUUCAUACUCGUACAGAAAUACAUAGAGAUUAUCCGCAUGUGGGCCGCGGCCGCAGAGCAAGGGUCAUGGACAGGGGAUGCCGCAGAUAAAGAGUUAGGGUUCAUCAUCAACAAAGGCAAUUUAUGGUCCGUGGCCAGCACGGGCCCUUUUUUGCAGGAUGCGCGGACCUGGUGGCCCGAACCCGCCAUGGCCCGCACCUUCACCACCCAGGGGGAGGUUAACAGCCCCAAGAUCCAGAAGUAUUUCCAGCAGGUGGCCCAGUUCAAGGAGAAGCUGGCAGUGGCCCAUGUAAACACCAAGACCAACCAGCGCCAAAAUAUAUAUAUUAAGGAUGGCAUGAUGGUAUUUAUUACUACAUACCACAAAGGAUUCCACACCAGUAAUAAUAUAAAGAUUAUCCACUAG